AGUCUCGGUAUUUGCGCCGUGCAUUCCCGUACCUUGAGGAUAUCUUUCUCAAAUACCCCUUUGGCAUCUCGGGAUUUGUUCGAGGGCCGGUGAGGGUCAUAGGGGUGUCGAUAGCGAGAACAUCGCGCAGCCGCGAGCAUCUUUCGCAGGUCCAGCCGCUCUAUCCGUUGGAUCUACGCACGUAACGGCGGGGAACGGGCUUGGUUAUUCUCGGACCGCAUGCAGGUCGAUUCUUCAUUGUUGGUUUCGAAAUGGCAGAGGCGCAUGAUAAUUUCCCAGCGGGUUAGAGUUGUUGGUCUGGGCCUCCUUCCCUUUAUAAUCGCCCACGUGUUGACAGACACGUCGUCUCCACCCAACGCUGACAAAAACACCAUGUAUACAUAUAUAUUGUAUUUAUUUCUCAAGGAGCAAUGCCGCAAUGAUAGCGCUUAUUCAGUGCUAGAGAACGGAUCCGAACUGGCUUCUCUGCCGUCCCCGUUGUCUGGUUGGGUAUUCUUUGGCUGUGCCGCCCUUGUGCACCCUUUAGGGCGGUUCGUGGGCCCCCUCUGCCUUGGGUCGGUGAGGCACAGCUCACGCUUGAGUGAGCGUGAGUUUUCCCUUGCUAUUCUUACGUAUUGGCCUAGGAACCUCGUACCCUCUGUUGUGCAAUUUGUAAGCUUUUCGUGGCCGUACCAGCUUAUCAUUCACCGAGUGUGUUACUGGGGGUUGAGUAGUGAAUUGGAUUUACACUCGGCCGAAUGAGUACUGCCUUGCAAGCUAGGAGACCAGCCGCAACGGUGCGGUUUCUAGUCAACUUCAGAAGUACCAGACAUGUUCUCCUUUUGUACCUCUCAAGUAUACACAGAAAGGCUGGAGGCUAUUUAUGGUGGCGACCCUAACCAAUGCGCGCGUUGUAUGUACAGUACAAUCCUACUAGGAGGAUAGUAUUGGCAAGACACCAUCUAGCCAACCACUUCCCGC